AUGAGUUUGAAGGCAGCGAAGGCAGGCUCUGGGAUUCAUCCUGCUAGUCAAGUCCACUAUUCAAUGCACACUUCUGCAUCACUUGAGCUGUUCGAGAUGGGGAUGUCUCGUCCUUUUAUAAAGUACGCUGUUGAUUGCGUUCUUGAAACCGUCCACUAUGCACUUGGGCGACCUUCGACUUCUCGCGGUCGCCCACAUUUUCGAGAUGCCGAACGAACGAGCUUCCGGAAGUUUGUAACAGACGUGAUCACAAGAGCAGAGGUUACUGUCCCCGUGCUCAUGGUCGCCCUUGUCUACGUGCAUAGGGCGAAACCAAAUCUUGACAUUGCUACAAGUGAAUGGGCCAACGAGCGCACUUUCCUUGGAGCACUCAUCUUGGCAAACAAGUAUCUGAAUGACUCGACGCUGAAGAACAUUCAUUGGGCUCUUGCGUCUAAGGUCUUCCGUACCCGUGAUAUCGGCCGGAUCGAGCGCGAGUUCCUCGAUGUGCUCGACUUUGAGUUGGGUGUCUCCGAAGCCGAUAUUCUAUAUCACCAUGGUGCUUUGCAGGCGUUUAUGAGUCCUAACGAGCACAUUAUUCCCAAUACAAAACAUGCUCCACAGUCGACUCACACCACCGCCCAUUCUCCCGCAUCACAUUCAACUUGGAGUUCGAAUGAGGGAACUUUGCUCUCAGAGUCACCGGCGGAGAAUCUGCAAACUGUUUUGUCUCCUCGUCCGGCGCACUCCGAGACAAAUAUCACUCUACAUCCUACCCUCAUGGGCUUCGUGACUGCUGAGUCCGGUAACCUGACUAUACCCCUCACGCCGGCCGAACCUGCGAGUUGCAACGCCAUUCUUGAACCGUCACGGAGACCAGCAUCCCCAGUUAAAAAAUCUUCCCACCAUCGCCGUCUCUCCUCCGCUAUCAACAUGCUUCGUUCCAUAUCAAUAUCAAUACCCUACCUUCACAACCGUUUACCGUCCCCUUCGCCAUCGGAUUCAUCCAGUUCAGAAACUUCAAUAUCAUAUGCAUCAUCAUCCACACAGUCCGUGUCUGGAUCCGAAUCCGAAUUCGAACCGGAUUCGUCCGCUACCAUGCCGUCAUUCGAUUCCUUUCCUCGCCGCAUGGGUGCGGAGCUCACGAGGCCGGUUAUUGUACAAUUACCAUGAAGGACCGAGGGCGAUUAAGUCCGAUUGCCUUGUUGAUCGGUCGGACGAGGGAAGCAAGCGUAUAUGUUACGAUUGAGAUAUAUGUAGCUGCCUCGGUGGAACUGUUGGUACUUUAGGGCAUUGACAUGAAUGCCUAUCCCGUCGGGGAUAGGACUGUAUACAGAAUGAACGUAAUACUAUGGUACGAUCGCAAUAACCAUGACUUUGUCCUACACACGAUGUGCUCCGAUUCAAGCUGGAUAUAUAAAGUUGUCCUCUUUCGAAA